GACUGUAAACGCAUCCGUUCACGAACGUGGAAUAUGUUACAGCGCUUCCCAGCCGAAAUCCGGUGCCAAAAAGACGAUACCGGAAGAAGAUGCUUUGUUCCGUCGUGCAAAACGCUGCAACAUGGCAUCUAGGGACGAGGAGUGCAUGAAUGUGAAGCUUCAGGGUACGCUAGGAACUGCGCUUCAAUAUAGCGUAAGGUAUGAGCUAUUUCGUUUGACGAGUAUUUUCAUGCGCUGCUGGAUUAUGAAUAUCUCAUCAGACAAAAUUACCUUUAAACGUACACGCAUGAGCACUGAACAGAGGCUGGGGCAGAGGCAUAAAUGCAGGCAACAGCCUCGUGUACUGAAACAAUUUCACACUCAUUAGCAGUUAAAAAGAAGAUGCAUAUAAUUUUCACAUAUUGUAACAGUCUGACAACAAAGCGAGAUGUAUAAUGACGUAAAAAACGAAUGAUGCUAUUGAGCAUUGACCAGCUAAAUCUUCAAGAUGUAUAGAGUGAUAUGAUAGCGCUGUAGCACCUCAGACGCUUCCAAUUAUUGACAGCUGUCGAAACAAAUGUGACAUCAUUAUUCAUUAUCAUCGUCCAUUAUCAUGUCUCGGCAUACCAGCUGUCGAGGCUGUGAGCGGGCAAAUGGUGGAUGAUCGGUUCAGUUGACCUCCGAGAGUCACAGAGUUCUGAGUGUCCCGAGUGGCGGAGUGGCGGAGUGGCGGAGUGUUCAGAGUGUCAGAGUGUUGGGGUGUUCGGAGUGUCACAGCGGGAACAGUGGGAGCACUGGGAGACUUACUUGUUGGGUUAGGGCGCGCGCAUAAGCACAGGGAGACGCCGAAUCUGCUGGGAGGAGCGCAUAUAUCAUGGGAUCAGAACCGGAGCAGCUGGUCCUACUGGAGCGACGGGGUUCUACCGCCCUCUUGACCCUGAACCGACCCGCCGCCAAAAAUGCCCUCUGCGACCGGCUCAUGAGCCAGCUGGCCUCGCUGCUGGAUGACCUUGAGGCUGACCCCGAGGUCAAGGUCAUUGUCAUCACCGGACAGAGAGGGGUCUUCGCUGCCGGAGCUGACGUGAAGGAGAUGCUGCCUCGCCGGUUCCCCGCAGUGCUACAUGAGGAGUUUCUGAAGGACUGGAGUCGGCUGAAUCGCUGUCAGAAACCCACCCUAGCCGCCGUCAGCGGAUACGCCCUGGGCGGGGGCUGCGAGCUGGCUAUGAUGUGUGACGUCAUAUAUGCCGACGAAGCUGCCAUAUUUGGUCAGCCAGAGCUGCUGCUGGGAACCAUGCCGGGCGCUGGGGGGACCCAGAGACUUUGCCGAGCGGUGGGUAAAGCUGUCACCAUGGAAAUGUGCCUCGCUGGAAGAAAACUCACCGCAACAGAAGCCCUGCAGGCAGGCCUGAUAAGCCGUGUGGUUCCCGCCGAAAUUCUGUUAGAAGAGGCCCUGAAGACGGCGGAGAAAAUCGCUCAGCUCUCAUCCACUGCUGUUAUACUCUGUAAACGGGCGGUGAAUGCAGCCCACGAGAUGUCUCUUUCUGCCGGGCUUCAAUACGAACGAGACCUCUUCUACAGCACUUUCGCAACCGAAGAUCGAAAGACUGGAAUGGAUGCCUUUGUUCACAAGAAAAACCCGACUUUCUCGGGAAAAUGAUACUCGAUAUUUAGAUCAUGUGCGUAGUGCUCAUUGCUGCUAUGUUGAGUUCAAUAUGUGUGCAAUUUUGUUACGUCUUUCCGGAAAAAAAUAAAUAUUUAUCACGUA